CAGGGAGACCAGAGACCGGAUCUUUAAACCUGACGUCAUCGCUCGGCGUUCUGCCCCCAGUCCUGAACGCGAGGUUUUGUCUGGCAGGGAGAAGCGCCGCAGUCGUCAGAGGGCUUACGUACCCGGAGGAGCAGCAAGACAUCCACAACCGCUGACCCGUAAAGGAAAGAAAGCAACAAGUCCCUCUCCACUCGCCAGUCCAGUUUAGGCCCUGACUGAAGAGGAAACGGCACCAGAGUAAUAUGGAGCACCAGCUGCUUUGUUGCGAAGUGGACACGAUCAGGAGAGCAUACCAAGAUGUCAACUUACUCAACGACCGCGUUUUACAGACAAUGCUGAAAGCGGAGGAGAGCUACCUCCCGUCUCCCAAUUACUUCAAGUGUGUUCAGAAAGAAAUCGUUCCGAAGAUGAGGAAAAUAGUGGCGACUUGGAUGUUGGAGGUAUGCGAGGAGCAGAAAUGCGAGGAGGAGGUGUUUCCCCUGGCUAUGAACUAUUUGGAUAGAUUUUUAUCGGUGCAGGCGACAAGGAAGACGCGGCUGCAGCUGCUGGGGGCUACGUGCAUGUUUCUGGCCUCCAAGAUGAAGGAGACGGUGCCCUUAACGGCGGACAAGCUCUGCAUCUACACCGACAACUCGGUCCGACCAGGAGAACUGCUGCAAAUGGAGCUGCUGGUUCUUAACAAGCUCAAGUGGGACCUGGCUUCUGUCACACCUCAUGACUUCAUCGAGCACUUCUUGUCUAAGCUGAACAUCCAUCCCAGCACCAAGCAGGUGCUCAGGAAGCAUGCCCAGACCUUCGUCGCCCUCUGUGCCACAGAUGUCAAUUUCAUUGCUAGUCCUCCAUCCAUGGUGUCAGCUGGCAGUGUGGUGGCAGCUGUCCAAGGGCUUUACCUGAAGAGCCAGGACGGUUCCCUGUCCUCACAGAACCUCACCAACUUCCUCUCACAGGUUAUCCGAAGUGAUCCGGACUGUCUGAGGUCUUGCCAGGAGCAGAUUGAGUCUCUCCUGGAGUCCAGCCUCCGCCAGGCACAGCAGCACAUCUCCACGGAAGCCAAACGUGUGGAGGAGGAUGUGGAUCUGUCUAGUACACCUACAGAUGUCCGAGACAUCAACAUCUGAGGGCCAACAGUGAUGUCACAUAAUUACUACGUCUUUGGCCAGAGCACAAGCAGUGUCCUUCAAAAUACGAAGUACAGUCAGAAUGGGGCAGGGUGCACCACCUGACACAGCACCAACUUGUAGUCCUCCUGAUUGUGAAGCCCCUCUCACUUGUACUCAGCCUGUCCUCAUUGGUGGAGGACAGGCUGUGCCUUCCAUUAAGAUCCUAACAAGUCACACGCUUUCCUGGCCUCCGUUAAAACGCCACCAGGACAGGAGAGCACAGACUGAAGUCCACCCCAAAGUUACAUUCCUGCCUCUUAUCUCCUGCCCUGCCAGGGGCUAAAACAACAUUAAUACUGCAGAAAUGUGCUAUUAUAAAAGAGGACAUGCUCAAAACCUUUGUUGCUGAAAUGAAAAGACGAUUAGCUUGAGUGUAAGCCGUGAGAAAAUAGGCAUUUUUUUCUAGCUCCCCAGUAUAUUAAACUAGGACUCUUUACUGCAGACUCACCCCGCCUACUAAAAAAUCCAAAAAUGUUUAAUAGGUCCUCUUAGUCCUAUUAUUCUAUGUUUAGGUUUUAGUCUGAAUUCUCAUGACGUCAUUAAGAGAAGAGGCUUUCUUCUUUCAUUUGUUCCUGUUGAGAUGUUUAGAAUCCUUGUCCCCGCCACGUUCUCCUCAUGCCGUGUAGACGCUGAAGCAUGUCUUCCCCACUUGCUUAUAUGUUUAGUCACUUUAUUAUCCAUCAUAAAAGACCACUUAUCAAAUACCCCCCUUUUAGUUUGAAGCCUCUUCUCUGUAAACCUGGGAGUACUUCUGCAGCGACAUGACUUGUUGCGCAGUGUGGAGCGCCCUAUCUGAUCGGCAGGAUGACUGUGGAUUGUUGUUGUCAGGGUUUAUAGACUCUCUUGACUUACACACCAUUAAUUAUUUUUGGUAAUUUUUUGGUAUGCUUUACUUAGUCAGCUAGCUAUGAUUUCAUGAGCUGAAAUGUACUUUUGAGCCUAGCAAAGCAAUCCACAGCCCACUGUUUCAUUUUCUUUCUUUCUUUCUUUCUCUCUUUUUCUUUUUUUUUUUUUUUGUGAUCUAGCCAGACUUUCUAAUACCAUUCCAAUUUUGUUUUUUAAAGCACUUUUGGUCAGCUCUGCUGACUCAUCAAGGAAAAUCAAGUAGAUACCGUUUUUAAGACAAAAAAAUGCAAUUUGUGUUGAGCAGAUGUCUACCGGCUAAAGUAGAAUUGUGAGGAAAAGUUUUUUCAUGCUGACUCAGAGCCGUGGUGCAGAAGUGAGCCGUGUAAAGACUUCUCCUCCUCAAGGCUCAUACAAUUUGUCUAACAACACAUCAAAGUAUAGAUAGGACAGAUUUAAGAUAACAACAGAAAAGUGGACUCUGCUUGACACCAUUUAUGUCUAACAGCGCUACUUUCUACAGCUGCCUCGUAGCAUGCAUGCAUCUCCUGCAUGGGACCGUCUCAUGCUGCUGCCAGAACCCAUGAGCAGCACUGGAAACAUGCUGCAGCCAGAACCCAUGAGCAGCACUGGAAACAUGCUGCUGCCAGAACCCAUGAGCAGCACUGGAAACAUGCUGCUGCCAGAACCCAUGAGCAGCACUGUAAACAGGCUGCUGCCAGAACCCAUGAGCAGCACUGGAAGCAUGCUGCUGCCAGAACCCAUGAGCAGCACUGGAAGCAUGCUGCUGCCAGAACCCAUGAGCAGCACUGGAAGCAUGCUGUUCCGUGGUGCACAGCAGCAGAGCUACAGUGGGGAAGACUCAGUGUUUAGGCUAUGGAAAUCAAUUUGCACAAAUGUGAGCACAUGGGCUGUGUUUAUGACUUCCCUGAAAAAGAGGAGAAAAUGGUUAAGGCGGCAGAGAUGGACAGACCGUUAGGGGUAGUGGCAAAUGUGGUUAAAAAGAAAAAGAAAAGAAAGAGGGCUGGACAGCCAGGUGUAUCUGGAUGCUGUAGAGUGAAGUUAGGUUUCUGAUUGUACACCGAGGACAGAGGCUGAGAGAGAAACACUCCUUGUAUUCCGCUGCUAUGGAAGAGAAAUCCCAGCUAAGUGUAAAAACAACAACUGAACAGUGAAAAACAUGAAAAAAGCAGUGCUUUCUCCUAUUAUUUGCUGCUACAUUUUGGUUGUCUUUUCAUAUACGAUAAAAUGUCAAUAUACUGCCAUGCUAAGUUGGAAUUUUCUCAUAGAAAAUUGCUAUUGACAUCAUGUUUGUUUUGUUUUUUUACCGUAGAUUCUAUGUGAUCUUUUUUUUUGUUUAUAAUUACAUAUGAUUUUCCAUACAAUUCCAAAAAGAGGAAAACAGACAAUGUAAAGAGAGACUUUGAUCUACAAUACCUCAUAUGACAGUUAAGAUUUAUCUCUACUUUUACUCUGUUGUGUGUAAGUUCUUACUCUGUUGUGUAUGUUCAGUGUGUGCUAGCUCUGUGGGAACUGCUAGGGCUGAUCAGCAAUGGAAACCAGCAAGUCCAGGGCAUGGUUUGAUACCGGUGCCAUAACAUUAAAUGGGAUAUGUAUAACUCUGUUGAGUGAUAAGCUGUCUCAGUGAUAGAGACUUAAUCCCCCCUUUUAGGCCCAUGGAGGCCUCCCCUCCCUUUUUGUAUUUAUAAAAUGCUCUUUGCUCCAGUUUUCAAGCUGUCAUUGAGUUGAUUUGAGUUUGUGAAUAGAUUCAGUUUCAUGCUUUGUAAGCCAUAGACUCUUUUUUUUUCUUUUUUUUUUCAAAACAAAUCAAUCCACACAAUUGAGUCUGCAACCAGGAGGCACAGCAUAUUCAUAUUUGUGUCAGUGGCACAAUGUUAAAAAAAACAGCAUCUGGAAAACCGUGGUCUUUGUUUUUGUUCUGAAUUAAAAUGAUAUUGAAUGUCCAAAACAAAGUCAUGGGCCACUGACAUCAAACUUAAACUGAAAAUGUGUUAUAGCUGUUGAGAGGUACGAUCAAAGUUGUGAAUUAGCCAUGAAACAUAAAUUAAGUGUAAGUUCUUACUCUGUCCUACACGUUCCAUGCCUGCUAGCUCUGCUGGGCUUACGCUUUAGCAAUGGAACCAGCGAGGCAUGGCUGUGAUGUGACACUGGUGCCAUGACAGAAAUGGCACCAGUGCAGCCUCCUCAUACACCUUUACAUAGAUUAUACCUAAUUUAUAUCAACAUUUGAAGAAAAAAAUUUUGAACUGAUGUAGUAACUGUAUAGGUCAGAUGCUGAUGUACAAAGAACAUCUGACUCAUACCCUUACCGUACCGAGUAAAAGUUCUUGCUCUCCAUUGGCAUACAUAAGUACAGGUCAUUAGGUUCAAUUCUUCUUGAGGCCACCAAUAAUCUUCAAAUAGACGUAGCACAUAAUACAUGAUAGUUCCAGUAAUGUGAAUGUGCAUGAUAAAUCCUACACUGCACGAAAUUCAGUUCUUCAUCAAGCUAAAGCUGGAAAAGUAUUGGUGGAUUGUUUCAGUUUUGAAAAUUGGAAUGUGGGAAGGCUGAGGCCUAUUUCCCUCAGUUUUUCCUAUACUUCAUAGGUAACUGAAGUACUAAGGUGUACAUCCAAAUAUGUAUUUUCUAAUCUUCCAGAUGUUUAAGACGUUCAGAUGACAUCACUACCUAAAAUAAAAUGUAUAUUGGAAUGUUUUACACAUUCUUAAAUAAAAAAACACAACAAGGGUUGGUGUAGACUCGGUUAAUACUUUUAAC